AUGGAAGUAACUCGACUAACAUCUCUUCUAUUUGCGCUUCUAUUUGCUAGUACCGCAUCUGCGCUUUGGGGGCUAUCAUAUCCUAUACCUUCGCGUCAGCAACCACUAGACCUUGAACACAAGGAGCACCAAUCCAUGAUGGAUACAAUUAUUCCCGACAUCCUCAAGCCGCAAACAACGGCGCCGGUUGAAGAUUUGAGCGCAAAGUUUGGCGGAGACGGUCCUAUAAUUUCAGACGUCCUUCCCAAGACAAAGGGCAUCAAUAUCUUCGCUCGGUUGACCCGGGACUUUGAGCCCAUCGCCUCUCGUCUCAACGAUGCAUCCAAGAACAUGACGGUGCUGGCGCCUCGCAAUAGUGCAAUCCAAGCUCUUCCACGGAAGCCUUGGGAGAAUCCAGAGGAUUACAGAAAGUUUGGUGAAGUAAACGCAUAUGAAGGUCAAGAUGGCCAAGACCGGGCAAAGCACAAUCUAGAGCGAUUCGUGAAAGCUCAUCUUGUUCCUGCUAGCCCUUGGAGGGUUGGGGAAGAGGUUGAUACCCUUGCGGGGGAGAAGCUGAAGUGGACCAAGGAGGGUGACAAGAUUUUUAUCCAACCGGGCAAUAUUGAAGUUGACUCCGUUGCAGAGAAGGUCUCAAAUGGAGAAGUCUGGAUUCUGAACGAUGUCAUCAAUUAUCGUCAAGAGUGA